AAGGUUAACGAAAUGCACAAGUGCAAUGCGGCCCGGCGACUCCGCGCAUGCGCCAAUUCAGUCUGGCGCCAGUCUCGCGCGGGCACCUGCCUCCACCGAACGUACUCGCCACGCCGCGACACACGCACAAACUUCACCACGCGAUCUCCGAAUAACUCCCACUUUUAACCCCCAAUUUUCGGGAACAAACGGACGCUUCAACGGUAUGCGAGUGCAGUGACUGGAGCAAUGAAAAUGACAGUAAAUCGAAUAAGGGUUGUGGUGCUCGGCAGUGCACGAUGCGGGAAAUCUGCUGCCGUGGUCCGGUACCUCACUAAGCGAUACAUCGGAGAAUACAGCUCCACUGGAGAUUUCCUCUACCAACAUAAGGCUACAUUUGAUGGGGCUACAUCUGAUGUGGAGAUACUGGAUACCUGCAAUUGCGCUCAGAAGCGGGGCUGCCUGGCGGAGCACCUGCGCUGGGGCGACGCGUUCUUCGUGGUGUACUCCGUGACGGAGCGGCGCUCGUUCCUGGCGGCGGGCGAGCUGCUGGCGCUGCUGGAGCGGACCCGGCUGCCCGGCUGCACCGCGCUCGCGCUCGUCGGCACCAAGACCGACCUGGAGCACGCCAGGGCGGUGAACACAGAAGAGGGUCAGGAGCUGUCGCUGCGGUUCGGCUGCCAGUUCUACGAGGUGUCGGCGGCGGAGUCCAGCGCCGGCGCCGCGCUCGCCUUCCACGCGCUGCUGCGGGAGGCGCGCGCGCUGGCGCUGCUGCUGCCCUCGCCGAGGCGGAAGCUGGCUGCUUACUCCGUGUCUAAGGUGAUCGGCUCCAUCCUCGGUCUGAGCAACAAGAGCGUCAGGAAGAAACGCCCGUCGCUUAGCAUAUGACGUGUAACAACACUACUUCUUGGAAUUUGUUUAUCACUCCGUGAUAGGAGUUUGUUUACUUUGUUCAUUGCUGAAUGAACGAUAAAGCUUUUUGUCGUCAUUCUUCCGAUGAAUGUCCCGGAAGAGGCGACUUUUUGAACGAUUUGGAGUUUGACGAAGGGGACGGGGGGCCGUGGACUUGGUUUAAGAAUAUCCCUGUUUCUUUGAUUCGGGUGCCUUCCUGUAUGUUGGUAUUUAUUGUAGAUAUUAUAUUAAAA